ACCUUGGUGAUAUCAUUGCAUGUGAGUUGUGUUAUUUAGAUGUGCUUGUUGUGUUUACUUUAAUUAUAAUGAAGGCGAUAAUCUUGAGUUGUCUUUUUGUAUACUGCUGUGCUUUGCCAAAUCAUGACAGAGAGUUUCCCAGUGACUUUCUGUUUGGAACUGCUACUGCAUCUUACCAGAUUGAAGGAGGCUGGAACGUUGAUGGCAAAGGUGAAAACAUUUGGGACCAUAUGACACACACCCGACCUGACGUUGUCGCGGACAAGAGCAAUGGAGACGAAGCAGCCGACACCUAUCACAAUUACAAACGUGACGUCGAAAUGAUGCGAGAACUUGGCCUAGACGCUUACAGAUUCUCCCUCUCCUGGUCUAGGAUCCUUCCCAACGGCCUCACCAAUGAGAUCAACGAAAAAGGCAUCGAAUUCUACAAUAACUACAUCAACGAAAUGCUCAAAUACAACAUUACGCCGAUGGUAACUUUGUACCACUGGGAUUUGCCACAAAAGCUUCAAGAUUUAGGUGGUUUCACCAACCCUCUAUUCCCAGAAUGGUUUGAAGAUUACGCUCGAAUUGUGUUUGAGAAAUUUGGUGAUAGGGUGAAACAUUGGAUCACCUUCAACGAGCCAAGAGAAAUAUGUUAUGAAGGGUAUGGAUCUAAUACCAAAGCUCCGAUCCUUAACGCUACAGAUGUUGGUGUUUACCUCUGUGCUAAAUAUUUAGUUCUGGCUCAUGCUAGAGCAUACAAGGUAUAUGACAACGAUUUCCGUGCAAGUCAAGAUGGAGUAUGUGGCAUUACGAUUAGUAUCAAUUGGAUAGGACCUCUGACAGAUUCAGAAGAGGACCAAUUUGCUGCUGAAAUUAAACGUCAGGCUGAGUGGGGCCUGUACGCUGAGCCAAUUUUCUCGCAAGACGGUGGUUUUCCCAAAGAGUUUUCUGAGAUCGUCGCAAAGAAAAGUAAAGAGCAAGGUUACCCGAGAUCCCGUAUGCCAGAGUUCACUGAAGAAGAGAAUAAAUUCGCUCGUGGAACUGCAGAUUUCUUCGGUGUUAACCAUUAUACUGCCAUUUUGAUAUCAGCCAAUGAUUAUAAGAGAUGGAAUCCCGUACCAUCCUUAAUUGAUGAUGCUGGUGUAGGUGUAUAUACCCCGCCUGAAUGGCCGACAUCAGCGUCCCGAUGGUUGAAGCAAGCACCAAACAGUAUCUACAACGCUCUAACACACUUGCACAAGAAAUACAAUGCACCAGAUAUCUACAUUACAGAAAACGGCUGGUCCUCGACCCCAGAAGCUGGAUUGGAAGAUGAUGACAGGAUUAGAUAUUAUAGAGCAGCUCUAAAUAGUGUCCUGGAUGCUUUGGAAGCCGGUGUAAACAUUAGAGGUUAUAUGGCCUGGAGCUUGAUGGACAACUUUGAAUGGAUGGAGGGUUAUCUUGAACGCUUCGGAUUAUAUGAAGUUGACUUCAAUAGUGCUGAAAAAACUCGUACGCCAAAGAAGUCUGCUUUCAUAUACAAAGAAAUAGUAAGAAGCAGAACUAUUAACCCUGACUAUGAACCACAUAAUAGAACAAUGUGGAUUGAUGAAGGACACGUACCAUUUUCAAGUACAAUUUCGCUGUUCACAGUACUUGUUGUUUUAUUAUUUGAGACAGAUUCGUAUCGGAUUGGCAGAAAAAUCUCGAUUGUUAACAUUUAUCAUUUUAUCGAUUAUCUAUUGAUGAAUAGUCACAUAUAUAAGACUCCCGAUGCUGUUUCUUUGCAUAGUUACAAGAUGAGGGCGGUUAUACUAAGUGUUUUACUGGUGGCGAGCUGCUACGCUCUACCAAAACAAGAAAGGAAGUUCCCAGAUGACUUCCUUUUCGGUACCGCCACAGCAUCUUACCAAAUAGAGGGAGCAUGGAAUGCUGAUGGUAAGGGUGAAAAUAUUUGGGAUCGCAUGACACAUACCAAACCCGAAGUUAUUCGCGAUCUAAGCAAUGGGGACGAAGCUGCUGACUCCUACAACAAUUACAAACGCGACGUGGAAAUGAUGAGAGAACUCGGCUUAGAUGCCUAUAGAUUCUCCCUUUCCUGGGCCAGAAUCUUACCCAACGGUAUAGCCAAUCAAAUCAACCAACCAGGCGUUGAUUUCUACAACAACUACAUCAACGAAAUGCUCAAAUAUAAUAUUACGCCCAUGGUAACUUUGUACCACUGGGACUUGCCACAGAAGCUUCAAGAUUUGGGUGGUUUCACCAGCCCUCUAUUCCCCGAAUGGUUUGAGGAUUACGCAAGGGUUGUGUUUGACAGUUUUGGCGACCGUGUCAAGCAUUGGAUUACUUUCAACGAACCUAGAGAAGUAUGUUAUGAAGGUUAUGGUGCUGCCACAAAAGCUCCCAUUCUAAAUGCCACUGACGUGGGCGUCUACUUAUGCGCUAAGCACUUAGUUCUCGGUCACGCUAGAGCGUACCACGUGUACGACAAAGAGUUCCGUGCAUCACAAGGAGGAAACUGUGGUAUUACGAUAAGUGUCAAUUGGUUUGGACCUUUGACUGAUUCUGAAGAGGAUCAGAUGGCUGCGGAGAUAAGAAGACAGGCGGAGUGGGGCUUAUAUGCGGAGCCUAUCUUCUCAGAAGAAGGUGGAUUCCCCAAGGAAUUAUCUGAAAGAGUAGCACAAAACAGCAAGGAGCAGGGUUACCCUAGAUCACGUAUGCCAGAAUUCACUGAAGAAGAGAAAGAUUUAGUUCGAGGAGCAUCUGAUUUCUUUGGCGUUAACCAUUACACAGCCGUUUUAAUAUCGGCAGAAGAACAGUAUAAGACUUGGUACCCUACACCCUCUUUGUAUGCUGAUGCUGACGUUGGUAGCUAUACACCUCCAGAAUGGCCGCAAUCUGCCUCAAGUUGGUUAAAGCAAGCACCGAAUAGCAUUUACAAUUCACUCACUUUUCUUAGCGAAAAAUAUAAUCAUCCAGUUUUUUACAUCACUGAAAAUGGCUGGUCCAGUGAUCCCGACUCAGGGUUGGAGGAUGAUGACAGAAUUAAUUAUUAUCGAGCUGCUUUGAACAGCGUGCUUGAUACUUUAGAAGCUGGUGUCAACCUUAAGGGUUAUAUGGCUUGGAGUUUGAUGGAUAACUUCGAAUGGAUGGAAGGUUAUUUAGAACGUUUCGGUCUAUACCAUGUCGACUUCGAAAGUGCAGAAAAAACACGUACACCAAGAAAAUCAGCUUUUGUAUACAAAGAGAUUAUUAGAAGUCGCACGAUUGACCCCGACUACGAACCUUCAUCUAGAACUAUGUGGAUCGACGAAGGACAUUAAUUUAUAUAUUUUCAAAAAUUAUAUAUUUCUGAUGAUUAAAUAAAGACAAACAAGAGAUUACCAAUAAUAAAUAUUUAAAAUAUAGAAUA